AUGUCCAUGCUUCCGACGUUUGGUUUCACGCAGGAGCAAGUUGCGUGUGUUUGCGAAGUCCUCCAGCAAGGAGGGAACAUCGAGCGGCUGGGACGCUUCCUCUGGUCGCUGCCGGCCUGCGAGCACCUCCACAAGAACGAGAGCGUCCUCAAAGCCAAAGCAGUGGUCGCUUUCCACCGGGGGAACUUCCGAGAGCUCUACAAGAUCCUGGAGAGCCACCAGUUCUCUCCGCACAACCACCCGAAGCUGCAGCAGCUGUGGCUCAAGGCGCACUACAUCGAGGCGGAGAAGCUGCGGGGCCGUCCGCUGGGCGCCGUGGGGAAGUACCGGGUCCGGAGGAAGUUCCCCCUGCCCCGAUCCAUCUGGGACGGGGAGGAGACCAGCUACUGCUUCAAGGAGAAGAGCAGGAGCGUCCUGCGGGAGUGGUACACCCACAACCCGUACCCGUCCCCGCGGGAGAAGAGGGAGCUGGCCGAGGCCACGGGACUCACCACCACGCAGGUCAGCAACUGGUUCAAGAACCGACGGCAGCGGGACCGAGCGGCGGAGGCGAAGGAGAGAGAAAACAACGAGAACUCCAACGGCAAUAGUCACAACCCAUUGACUUCUUCCAUGAAUGGAAAUAAAUCUCUAUUGGGGAGUUCGGACGACGAUAAGACACCUUUGGGCACCCCGGACCACACGUCCCAGAGCCCGGCUCUGCUGCUCGGCUCUAACCCCGGGUUACAGUCCCUGCACGGCCUCGCACCCCCGCCGGGACCCAGCGCCAUCCCGGUACCCGGCGGCAUAGACUCGGUGCACCACCACCACUCAUUGCACCACGACACCAUACUGAACCCUAUGUCUUCUAAUCUAGUGGACCUUGGCUCUUAA